AAUGGCUACGAAAUCUAAUGAUAAUGAAACUGAGGAAUUGACAGCAGGAACUAGUGAUUUAAAAUUAGAUUCUGAGCACUUUGAAUGUAAAAUAAAAAUACCAAUAAAACUACUGCUUCAUCAAAGGUCAGACAGAACUGUCCUAGACAAAAAGCGCACACCCUUGGAUAUAGCUACUGAGGAUCAUCCUAAUGGAGUAUUUUUCUACCCACGACUGGUGGACAAUGUUGGAGACACACAACAAACUAUUAAAUUAUACAGCGAUUGGGAUAAAGAAAAAAGAAUAUUUCAUUUGAAAACAAUAAAUCUCAACUUAGAAAAAAAAAAAUUACCAUUUUUCCACGUGACUUUAAAGGAAAUGAGGAGAAACCAGGACUUUUAA